AUGGCAUCCAGCCUGGCAUUGCCAUUGCCGCCCGCUUCUUCUCCCUUAUCCUCGCCUCCCCCAUCACAAUCCUUCUCGAGGCAGGACCUGGGCUCGAACAAAGCGUCAGACUACCGGCCGCCGAUGAAUCUUCCGUUUGAAUUGGCACAGCACGUCCAAACCUACUAUGAAGAGAGUCUGUUUGCGCAGGCGUUCAACUUCCUUUUAUCCAUCACCGGGAACGGCGUCUCCUCCAUCAACCGCCAGGCACCAGUCAUGAUACCGCCACCAUCUCACCUCGCUCUCGCAGUCACGCUCGCUGUCCACCCUAUAUUCACCACGCGGACCACUUCACGCGAAAAAUGGGAUCAAGCAAAUGCUGCACGCCGGCUGCUGCGCUUGGUUCACGCCACGGUUGGUCCGGUGAACGCCGACUUUGCGACAGCAUUCAGUUUUCGGAAGUAUGAUUUUCGAUCUUCUCGCCAUAGUGGCAACCGUCUGGAGUAUGAGGACGGAGACUUCGGCGCCGACGACCAUUUCUCGUCUGAGCACGACCUCAACACACCGUUUGCCGGUUCGCAGGCCCUAUGGGUCCGGGCCGAGGAUUUCUGGCACGUUGUGGGCUGGUCAUUCAAUUGCGCGUGUCUGACUGGCACCCACACCGCAAGGUGGAACUAUUACAGCCUCCUCCUGGAGUUUAUGGUCGACGUGCUGGAGACGGACUGGCGCGUCCGCACCACGCCCGAGGAGAGCUUGAUCUGGCAGUAUAUUGAACUGGCGGCAGGCGGGCACGCAAGAGCGAGACGGAUCGUGCGAGCCAUCUUUGCCGACGGAAGCACGCGUUCCACCCGCGAGUUCCGUGCCAUCUUUCCCCACGAGCUGGAGGAGCCGGAGGACGAGAACGGACAGAUCAAGAAGCGGGAAGUCGACGUCAACAUCGACCAGGAUAUCUACGGCGACUACAUGGCACACGAUGAAUCCGACUUCUCCGACGACUUCGAUGUCACCGGCGCCAGCGCCAGCGUCGGUGCAGCGCCGAACGGCCGGCCGUGGAAACGGCCACGCACACGCACACGCACUCCAUCGUCACGACGACUUACGCCACAAAGCAGCGCGGGCAGUCUGCGGAGUGACCAUGAAACCGGCGAAGACGUGGCCGCGGCCUCGUUGGCGACCAAGCUGGCCGACCCAACGUCGCUGGACCUUCGAUUGCGGUUGAUGCGCCUACUGAUCCAUGUCUCGUCGCAUCCGACCUUGACAUCGACAUCGCCCACCACGUUCCCCGACCUCGAAGACCUCUUCACCCUCUUUGUCGAGUUCACCAAGCCGCUGCCGCUCCCGGUCUUUGCACGGAUCGUCCUUCCUUGCACUGCAUCGCAAUGGGCAUCGCCUUUGGCGGAUCGUCUGCAAUCAGGCUCUGUUCAGGCCCAGGCCCAGGCCCAGAUCUUCGAACCGCAGACAUUGGCUCUGUUCUGCGAAUCUCUGCUGCAGCGCAUCCUCGAGAACUCGUCCCCCUCCAUCCGCUCGCACGUGCUCCUGUCCCAGUCGAAGCUGGAAAUCGAAUACCUGCCCUUUGCGGCUGGGCGGAACACCGUCGAUGCCAAUGCCCGCGUGUCUCUGCUGCUGGAGUCGCUGACUCGCUGUUUGGGCCAGUUGAGCGUCCUGAAGAAGACGCCCGCCCUGACCGACGCUGUGAAUAAGGGUGUGCAGAAGCGACUGGGCCGUAUCGCCGAGCUGGGAGACGGCAAAAGGUCGAAGAAGGCGCAGAAAGGAGAGGAGCAGGAUAUCGCCUGGGCUUGGUUGGUCGAGAGUGGCAAAAGGAUCACCAAGGUUGUCGAUGCGCUACAGGAUUCACGAUCACAGGAUUGA